AUGACGGUGCCGGAUCUGCGGCUGGACCCUUCCAUUCGCUUCUGGAUUUUGCUGCCCGUGGCCUGGAUCGCGGUGGCUGUGGGGAUUCUGCGCCUGCGCGUGGCGAAGUUGCUGCGCGGCGAGCGCGAGCCGGCCUGGCCUGAGCAACGGCAGGACACGCAAAUUCUGACUCGCAGCCGCCUCUUGAGAGAAAAUGGACGGUUCCUAACUCACCAGGGUUUUCUUAUGCGCAAGCAUUACUUCAAUAAUUCUGAGAAUGGCUUCUUUCGCAAAACUAAACGCAAACUGCAGUCCCGAAACCCGCUGACAGAUCCCACAAUGGUUACAGAGAUGAUGAAGGGCAACCUUAUCGAUGUUCUGCCCAUGAUUCUCAUUGGAGGCUGGAUCAACUGGGCCUUCUCUGGCUUUGUGGCUACUAAGGUUCCCUUCCCCUUGACCCUGCGAUUCAAGCCCAUGUUGCAGCGUGGAAUUAACCUGCCUUCCAUGGAUCCCUCGUGGGUGAGUUCAGCCUCCUGGUAUUUCCUCAACGUCUUUGGACUCCGCAAAAUAUACAAACACGUUUUGAGAGAGGACCCUGAGCCAAGUCAGCUAUUACUCGAAGUUCAGUUCAUGGGCCCAGAUAUUCCUGCUCCACCAGAUCCCAACAAGGCCUUCAAAGCUGAGUGGGAAGCCUUGGAAUUGGUCUCUCACCACUGGGCACUUCAGGAUGUUGAGGAACAGCUGAUAUCACAGGACCUCAAGUUGACCGGGAUGUCCAGGCCAGAUUGAGCUCUAUCAGCCCGCUCUGGAAUACAGUCCUAUGGGAUGACAGUGCCCAGAGAUACCCUGUUCAUCACUACAAAUUGGUGGCCAAGGACCACCUAUUGUGCAUGGUGUGCUGAAGUUGUGAAGCUGUGCUUGAUUUAAAUGGCAAAAGGUACUGACAGCGCUGAAAAUCAAUGAUCAGCAGUCUGAUCAGGAAACGGUUUUAGAAACCUUGUGAAGAGCUGAAGUGUGGAAUAGUGUCUUCUGCCAUUUCCUGAUGUGCAGCAAGAGGGAAAAAAAUGUGAUAAAUGUAUUUGGAGGCUUCAGGUAGAAAUUUAAUGUAUAUGGUAUUGCAGAAUACUGGGUAAUAAACCAAGGUAGCUGUAA